CAUGCAGAUAAGGCACAUCCAAGACAAGGAAAUAUCCAGUUCUCUCCUUGCGCUUUUAAACUUUGGUUUACUUCCAUAGAUUUUUUUGACAGAAAGUAUAAAAUCAGGAAAAGGAUUAAGAUACUCAUAGUGGAAUCAGGACUCAUCACAGCUUCUUCUUUCUCAAUUUUCCUUUGGGCUGCAAGUACGAGGAACUUUGCACUCUCCGUUCCCCAACAGUUUCCGGGGUCGUAUCUAGGAGUUCUCCUUGGGGGACUAAACUUUUUAUUGGCAGUAGCAACGUGGAAGCAGCUGACUCACCAUCUGAAAAGAGAGGAGGAGAGGGGAAACACAUUUCCACAGGUGUUUUCUCAUCUGUUGGUCAGAGAAUCCUCCUUAUGUGAGUGCCAAAAUAAACUUAACUCAUGUCUUCUGGCUGCAACUACAUUCAACCUGGAUUUAUUAUUGGGCGCCUUUUGGAUCUGAUGGAAAACUCUGCAGCAAAUUUAAUUUGACACCAAGGCACCACCGCCACUCCCCGGUGGCAUUUAUUUGUAACUGAGAGAGAAGCAAUAUCUUUGGCUUGAAAAAAGAUUUUUUCAAAAAUUAGGAGAAAUAUUUUCAUUACAAUUUUGUUGACUUUUAGAGUUUGAUCUGCUUCUGCUGAACUGGAAAGGCAACCACAGCAGGGGGAAUCACACCAGAUGAAAAAGAACAAGGAAAGAUACUAUGUAACAACAAACCUGUGAAAGAAUUCACUGGACUUCAGGAGGAUCCUGGAUUUAUUUUGAAGCUUGGAAGCUGGAAGUUGGAGUUUAAUAUAUUUUCUGAACUCACAACAAGCUUGUUAAAGUCAUGACAGACAGGAGGCGAAUGAACUACCGAGUCCAGAGGGAGAUCCUGGAUGAAGGAGCAGUGGAUGAGUUGGCAGAAAAAAAUGACUCAAAAUCAUCUCUGUGUCAGAAAGUGAAAGGGUCAAUGAGGUGCUCUGGUCCCCGGAUGAAGAGCUGCCUGCUGAGUAGUUUCCCGGUUGCAUCGUGGCUGCCUCGUUACUCGUUGAGAGAAAAUGCGCUGGGCGAUCUGGUCUCGGGAAUCAGUGUGGGGAUCAUGCAGCUGCCGCAGGGCAUGGCUUAUGCUUUGCUGGCAGCUGUUCCUCCAGUCUUUGGUCUGUACUCAUCAUUCUAUCCAGUCCUUGUUUACUUCAUCUUUGGCACGUCCAAGCACAUCUCACUCGGAACGUAUGCAGUAAUGAGCGUGAUGAUAGGAGGGACAACGGAGCGGCUGGCCCCAGACUCGGAUUUCAUGAUUUGGGACAACAUUACCAACUCUAGUAUCAUUGACGUUGUUACUCGUGAUGCAGAGAGGGUGCGGGUGGCUUCAGCUGUCACCUUUUUCUCUGGAGUAUUUCAGAUUCUCCUCGGUCUGGUCCGGUUUGGAUUCGUGGUGACUUACCUGUCUGAGCCGCUGGUCCGAGGUUACACCACAGGAGCUGCCAUCCAUGUCAUCGUGUCCCAGCUCAAAUACACCUUUGGCAUCACGCCUGUGAGAUACGCUGGACCUCUCUCUUUGAUAUAUACUGUGAUAGAGCUUUGCUAUCUCCUUCCCAAAACAAACAUCGGCACUCUAGUGGUCAGUAUCGUCACCAUAGUAGGCCUCAUCCUCGCCAAGGAGCUUAACACAUACUUGUUGACUAAAAAACUCCCUGUUCCUCUGCCCAUAGAGCUGGUCGCUAUUGUUCUUGCAACUGUAAUAUCCUGGCAAGUUGACUUACAGGAAAAAUAUGGAGUAGACGUAGUAGGAAUUAUUCCCUCUGGUCUCCAGCCGCCUGCUGUCCCAGCCUUGUCUCUGUUUGGCCAGGUGUUUGGGGACGCCUUCGCACUGGCAGUGGUCGGUUAUGGCAUCGCCAUUUCUCUGGGGCGAAUAUUCGCUCUAAAAUAUGGCUACGCGGUGGACAGCAACCAGGAACUAAUCGCCCUUGGCCUGAGUAACGCCAUUGGAGGAAUUUUUCAGUGUUUCGCCAUCAGCUGCUCCAUGUCACGCACCAUGGUUCAAGUGAGCACAGGAGGGAAGACUCAGGUCGCUGGAGCUCUCUCAGCUGUUGUUAUCCUUAUCAUCACACUCUGGAUAGGACGGCUCUUUGCAGAGCUCCCCAAGGCAGUGCUGGCAGCCGUCAUCUACGUUAAUCUUCACGGCAUGAUGAAGCAGUUCUUGGACAUCCGGGCUCUGUGGAAGAGCAACAGAGUAGACAUGGCUGUCUGGGUGGCCACUUUUGUCCUGACCUUGUUGCUGAACCCUGACCUGGGACUAGCUGCGUCCAUUGCCUUCUCCAUGCUCACCGUCAUCUUCAGGACGCAGCUACCGACAUACUCUGUGUUAGGGCAGGUGGGAGAAACUGAUAUUUACAGGCCGGUGGAGGAUUACGAUCAGGUGAAGACAGUGCCAGGAGUUUUAAUCUUCCGCUCCUCUGCCACCCUGUACUUUGCCAACGCUGAGAUGUACCAGGACGCUCUGGGGAAGAAGUCUGGCAUUAACAUCACAAAGAUCCUCUCAGCAAAGAAGAAACUGGAGGCCAAAAGGAAGAGGCAUGAAAAGAAAGUUGCCAAGAAAGCCAAGAAGGAGCUCAAGAUCAACGGAGUGAACAUGAAGGAGUCUAAACCUGAGGAGCAGAUGGACGUCGCUGUCAUUGAGGUGGACGAUGACCUCGACCCAUCGCUUCCAAGAAACAUUAUCCUUGACCUCAGCCCCGUUAACUUCCUGGACACAGUAGGGGUCAAGACGCUACGAAAUAUUCAAAAAGAUUAUGGAGAAAUUGGCAUUGAAGUACUUCUGGCUGGCUGCCAAACCGGUGUGGUGAACAGCUUGCAGACAGGAGGUUUCCUUAACGACAAAGUGACAAAGUCCUGUCUCUUCAUCACAGUCCACGACGCCGUCCUGUACUGUCAAUCAGCCCAAAAAGAAAGCCAAGAUGAGCCCGUAUAUGAGGACCCUCGGGCAACACAGUUCUGAGCUCCGAGAUGAAGGAUGGAGGAUGUAAUUCAGCGGUGCUGAAGGAUUUUAUCCAGCAGCUUCGGAUUCCUGAGACUCUGUCACUCACACACUAACCUGCAGAUAGACAUGCACUGUUUAAGAUAGAAAGAAAAACAAGAAUGGCACAAUAUUCUGUUUGGAUACAUCAAUUUGUCCUAUGUUUGAAUGUUGUGUCCAGCGCGUUUACGUCAGUAUGGACUAUGUACUACAUGUUCCAUGUACCACCUCAGGAUCAACGUUCCUGGGUCUGUCAAACAGUCUACACUUUUGUCAGGGAUAAAAAUGCUGUGAAUCAAAGCAGUUGUGUGAUUGAACAGAAUAUGUAUUUGCAGUAAAAUGGGAUUAGUGUUAAAAAUAUCAGUCAACUUUAGUGAUUGUGUGAUUAGGGAACAAAACCUGCAUAAAACAAAGAAUUGUUUGACAUCUCCAUCCGCUGUUACAUUGUCAAACUGUAAGUCUGUACAAGUCAAAUACCUAUUCACGCAAAAGUCUGUCAAUAAUUGAAAAGAAAGGAGAAUUCAUGGCCUCUGUUUUCAUAAAACUGGAUCACUCCUUCAAUAUUUAGGACUAAAUUGGCAAGAAUUAAAAGAUAAGGCCAUCAACUGUCCUCUUUUGCAUCUGACAGGAGUUUUCGUGACAUUUAGUUUUUGGCUUGUAUGGACUUAUAACAAGAUGGCAGCAACCAGAAGGUAAUUCCUGUACUAACAUUACUUUUUAUACACUCUUUAUACACAUAUUAAGUUAAAGUUACUUUGGUUUGUCUAUAGGGACCCUAUUCACACUAUUACUUAAGUGGAAUGAUGUUUUGAUUCUUAAAAUAUCAAUUUAUUUUGACACAGCCCCCUGUGCUGACAUUAAUUUGCUGCAAAUACAUAAACUACGUUGGUCCGCGUCGUUUUGGUCCUUAACGGACAUUUACCAUCUAAUAAUAGACUUAAGGUAGUUUUAUCUCUGGAGUGUUUUAAUCAACUGGAUGAAUGAUAACAUAGAUUCAUCCUAAGUGACCAAAAAUAAGGUGAUUGGAAUAGUGUGGAGUAAGUGGGUUCAAUUCAAUU